CCCGGCUCCGGGCCCUCUUGAGGAUUCAGGUGUCAGCGCCAUGCGUUUAUUGACAGCUGAUAUGGUAUGAUGAACCUUCCGGUGGGUGCCUGAGGGAGGGGGUUGAAAAGCGAAGGAGAGAGGAUGAGAAGGAUAACAAAUCUAGACAGAGGACUGAGAUCAGUACUACGUGAGAACCUGGGAAUACUCAGAGUGAGCAAAAAGGCCAGAUCGUGAGUGAGACGGUGGGUGAUUAUGCACGUGAAUGCUGGGGGAGCUGCAUGCCUAAUAAAGAGAUUUGGGAAGGAGGGAUAGUCCAUGUGUUAAUAUAAGAGUGAGAGAACACAAGAAGACAGCGAUGAGGGAGACAGGUGGCAGUGGAAGAGGAGUUGAGCUCGCAACAGGGUCAGAAAUAGGGCAUGACCAAUUACACAUUUUAUAUAGAAAAAGAUGGAGAAAGGAGAAACCUUUAAAGAAGAAGUAUGCAUAAAAUUAAAUGGAACAAAAGUAAAUAAGAUACAUGCACUUAAUUGCCUUUGUUUUUAUUGCAUUUAUGCUAAACAUUUUAUGCACACAAGUAGGCAAGUGGCAAUUCCUGGCUGUGGCGUGUCUGUCAUAAUAGUAACCUAUUGUUUCAUUGCAAGCUGAUAGCGUGUUUGUGUGUGUAUGUGUGCACACACUCGUCUCAGUAUCAGUAAUUGUUUGUAAUGUCACUGUGUUUUCAGCUAGACUGGCUGGACGGAUGGAGUUACAGUAGCUACAUCCCCAAACAAACGAUAGUCAUUCAAACAGAUGUAAAAUUCAUAAUAUUACACGUUAUGAGGAUUAAUUAAACUUUAUUGAAAAUUCCAGUGAAUGUCAGAGUAUUUAUCUAUUUAGAAGACCCAAGGAUACUUAUACCUGGUCUACUGCACAAAACCUGGUUGUCACAGCGACGUCAAACAGAAAGAGAACACCUACACUGAUCCUGUUAUAUUAGACACAUGGACACUUCUGCUGCAAAAUGACUGAUGCCUGAAGUCUUAUCUGCCUCAUCCUGUGUAAAAACACUGCAAAUAACAGUCUUACCUGACAAAAACUAUAUUACUGGAUACAUUGCCCCGAGGAACAUUUUAAACCAAGGCAAAGCAAAAAAACAGAAGUGAGCUACAGCUUCUCUCCGCUUCUCCUCUUUGCAGUAUGGCAGAGAAAGUGUGCAAGUUUCAAGGUCAGUGUUAUCAUAAGCUGAAGAGAUCAUGUCUGAGGCGAGGGGCUCUGUUCCAGGAUCCAUUCUUUCCUCCUUCAGCUGAGUCACUGUUCUACAAAAGGACGCCCCCUCCAGGACUGAUGUGGAAGAGACCUAGGGAACUGUGUAAAGAUCCUCGACUAUUUGUGGAUGGAAUCAGCACAAGGGACCUGCACCAGGGCAGUCUGGGUAACUGCUGGAUGGUGGCCGCCACAUCAUGUUUGGCAGCAGAAUCCUCGCUCUGGAAGAAGGUGAUCCCAGACCAUGCUGAACAGGAGUGGCACCCAAAGCGCCCGGAUCUGUAUGCUGGAAUUUUUCACUUCCGUUUCUGGCGACUGGGCCAGUGGACAGAUGUCGUGGUCGAUGACCGAUUACCAGUCAGUGAGGAUGGAACGCUGCUCUUCUGCCGUUCUGCAACUCCACGGGAAUUCUGGAGCGCCUUGCUGGAGAAAGCCUAUGCCAAGCUAAAUGGGUGUUAUGAGGCUUUAGAGGGAGGCAAUACAGCUGAAGCCCUAGUUGAUUUUACUGGUGGCGUCUCUGAACCAUUGAAUUUGAACCAGGAGGAACUAAUCCAGCUUGUUGACCAGAGAAAAAUGCUGUUCCAGACUCUAGCACACGCACAUAGCCAUAAAGCGCUCAUCACCUGUUCCAUUCGGCCAGCAGAAGGAGAGCAGGUAGAAUCAGUUCUGGACUGUGGACUGAUAAAGGGUCAUGCAUACGGUGUGACUGCAUUCAAAAAACUUCGUAUGUCAGAGACUCUGAAUGGCAUGUGUAAUGCAACUCGUUUGCACAUGGUCCGGAUGAGGAACCCUUGGGGCACAGCAGACUGGACAGGAGCGUGGAGUCUUGGAUCUCCUCAGUGGCAGCAGCUGAGCCGCAGAGAACGGGACAAGAUGGGCCUCGUUGUCCGAGAUGUUGGAGAGUUUUGGAUGGAGUUUGAGGACUUCUGCCGUUACUUCACAGACAUGGUGGUUUGCAGGUUGGCGGAAAAAUCCCUCCUCUGGCCACGGACCCACUGGAGGGAGGUGUGCUGUCAGGGCGCUUGGACCUAUGCAUCUGGGAUGCAACCUCCUCCCUCAUCUUCUUGUCAUCUGAACAUCAAGAACCAGAGGCCUUCAACCGGGCUCCAAUGGUCUAAACAAAGGCCAGCUCAAAGACAAGACAAAAAGGAACAAAGACUGAGUGAAAGGCAGAAAGAAGGACAAAUCCAAGGCCAAAAACAGAAAAAGAAAGAAAUAAAACCAAAGCAAAUUAAGGGGAGAAGAGAGCAUGUGAAAAAACAGGCAGAAGGCAUGGAAAUGAGAUGGGAGAGGCAACUUGACAGAAGAAGUCGAUGUGGAGGAUGUAUCAAUCACAGAGACACAUUUCUAUACAACCCACAGUUUCUUUUCGAACUGGUUGGAGAUGGGGCAGAGGUCUUGAUAUGUUUGCAACAGGAGGACAGGAGGAUGAAAAGGAGGGAGGGAAGUGGGGAGAACUUACCAAUUGGCUUUGAGGUUCUAAGGGUGGAGGUGAAUCGUGUUUGUCGUGUACAGUGUUUAUGUGAGCAGGCUGCUAGCUCUGUGUAUAUGGACUCUCGUAGCGUUACUCUGCGAGUGACUCUUGGCCCGGGACGCUAUGUCAUCCUCCCCACUACUUUCCUUCCUGGUGCCACUGGUCGCUUCCUUCUGCGGUUUUUCUCACACUCACAUGUGCGCCUCAGGGAGUUGAAGGAAGAGCUGCCUGCUCCUUCAUUGUGGCAGUGUUGUUUUCCUGAGCCCAGCAUUGUAACGACGGUCCAUCUGCUCAAAGCCUCUGGCCUUAGCCAUCCCAAACAAACAGCUCCUGAUGUAUAUGCUGUCAUCCGUUGCGAGGAAGACUCUGUAAGGACAAACAUUUUCAAAAACGAUGGAAGUCCUGAAUUUAACACCAAGGCCAUCUUUUAUACCAGGAACCCCAUGUCCAAAAUAUCCAUUGAGCUGUGGAAAAGAGGUUUGCUGUUGGACACGCUCCUGGGAGGAGCACGGAUUCAGACAGGAGGACACGAGCGCUGUCAAAACAGAGUGAUUGACUUGCAGGGUGGCCAAUCGCGAGGCUGUGUAUUCAUAGAGACUUCCUCCAGUCAGUGCCUGACAGACCUGUGACCUAGUCGAGGUAAUGACUGAACAUAUAUUUUUUUUCAGAGGACUGAUCAUCAGGAACAACUACAUUUCUGCCAUACUUCAGCAAAGAACCGGAAAACUUCUGGAGCGACCCGGGGUUUUGUGCUUUGCUCAAGGGCUUACAGUGAUGGAUGAAAUUCAAUGUAUCUGCUGGACAGAUAAUGAAAAAUAUGAAAGUCUUGGAUUAUUUUACUAGAAAAAUGCUGAUAAAGUUAUGCAAUAACUGACAUAAUGGCUUAUUCCAAAUGCUGGACAAAUAGAAUUACAGAAUAUAACUUCAGCAUGAAUUAAAUCUGCUAUUCGUUUUGAUGCUUUGACUUUGAGUCGGUUCUGAUAUCUCAGUAAGUCUUAAAGGGCUCACAUCAACAGAAUGCAAAACUCUGCAUUUCAGUACUGUGACCUUUAAUAAACGCACAGUGAAUGCUUCUUUUGGAAAAAGGUUGUGCGUUUCCCUGAGCAAUAUUGUUUGAUUUGCGUAGGCAUUAUGGAUCUAAAGCAAAUAUAGUAUCUAAAGCAUCUCGCUGUAGUAUUUAUUGUGUAAACCAGGUAUUUUUACACUUUAAUUCUGCACUUAGUGAACACAACUGUAUAUUUGCUCAAAAGUAACCAUUCGGCUGUUUCUGUUUCAUUUAUGGUUAUUCCGCAUUGCUCAAAUUGCAAUAGGUGUGUUGCAGGGAAUCUGAAAGUGGCAAUAGCUAUGCAUUUACCUGCCAUCGCUGUAUCACAUGUGCUGGGUUGUGGAGUGUUUAGUGUAUUUCUGGCCUUGCUGCAUUGCUCUGUCAAUACAUUAGCAUGGUACUUGCCAAGAACACAGCAGAUUUUCAUUGUACUGUAAUUUCUGUGACAUUUUAGACAUGACAUUCAAUGGAUAUGGUUAUGAAUUCGAUUUUUCGUAUUUUAAUUCUAGACACAUGACCCUAUUUUUUACUGUGUGUGGUAUAUUUUAUAGUUUAUCAUAAUUAAUUUAAAUAUAGAUUUUCUAGUAUUUUUAAUUUAUUUAAUAUUUGAUUUUAUAUCUGAACUCAUAAUUGUGGAUUAAAAAAAUACAACUAAAAAGCAACCUUGCUGAUCAGCAGGAAAGCAUUAUUACUGUAAGCUUGAUUUGUUUGAUUCUGUAGGCCAACUUUAUGGAUCUUAAUAACAGGGUUCUUGAUGGUUUUGUGUGAUAAACUCAAAUAAACAGAAAAAAGUGACUCCA